AUGGUCACCUACAAGAUAGUCCCCGAUUUCUUCAUACAGGACACGCGCCGUGAGAACGAGCCUGCUGAGCCUGCUCCUCCAUUCUUCGGCUUGCACUCGCAAUCUUGGUCCAAGUUCUCUGAGGAUGUCCGGGCUUUGCAGGAUGCAUGCACGGAUGGCUUGCAAGUGAAGGUCCUUUACAUGGGUCGCCAUGGGCAAGGAUGGCAUAAUGUAGCCGAAGCCAAAUACAGAACUAUGGCCUGGGAGGAUCAUUGGGCUCUGCUCAAUGGCGAUGGAGAGAUGGUCUGGGGACCCGACCCGCAUCUGACUUCUCUCGGAGAGCAGCAGGCUCGUGAUGCGAAUACCGCUUGGAAACGUGAGAUAACUCGAGGACUGCCCAUGCCAGAGAGGUUCUAUUGCUCGCCCAUGCGAAGGGCUUUGCGGACAUUCAAUAUGACAUUCGACGGCAUCAUCUCAACUCGCGACGCUAAGCCUGUCGUAUUGGAGGUCGCGCGUGAGCACUAUGGUCGCCAUACGUGCGACAAACGCAGCCCUCUCUCGCAAAUCCAGGCUGAGUUCCCCGAUCAUAUAUUCGAAGAUGGCUUUUCAGAAGAGGACGUCUUGUGGACGGAUGAGAGGGAAACCUAUGACCAUAUCACUGAGCGCGCAAAGACUCUACUUGAUAUCAUCUUCAACAGCAAUCCCGACAAGACUUACAUCUCACUGACUGGUCAUAAUGGCAUUUUCAAUGGCAUUCUUCGGGCCAUUGGCCGCGGUAACUAUGCUCUUCCAACCGGAGGAAUCUUCGUAGCUGUUAUCAAACAGACGCCGUAG